ACUUGGUGGCACCUUGGCACAGUGCCUGCGUCGGGGGCACAGGAGGCUCUCCUGGCGCCGGGCAGCUGCUGCUUCUGGGAACCACGUGUGCCCCGCCGGGCCCCGGAGACGCGACGCCCGGCAGAUCCUGGGGCUGGCCGCCCCCGUCCCGUCUGGUGGUCUCCUCCGCUCUGCGACGGGACUUUAGACUGGGCGUCCAAAAGUGCAGCGUCCGCGAUGCCAACUCUCGGCGGCCUCCUGGUGACUCUUGCCCUGCAGCUGGUGCGCGCGAAGGAAGACUUGUUUUUCCAAAAUAGCACCCGUGAAGCGGGAGUUCUGUCAUUUUAUGAUGUUUGGAAUCGUAGCUCCUGCCAGCCCAUGGAAAGACUGGUUAAUAUUGUAUCUGAGUACCCCGGUGAGGUGGAGCACAUGUUCAGUCCUUCCUGCGUCUCCCUAAUUCGCUGCAGUGGAUGCUGUGGAGAUGAGAACCUUCAUUGUGUCCCAACAGAGAUGACCAAUGUCACCAUGCAACUUCUAAGGAUGGCAUCAGGAGAGCAGGCAUCCUACGUGGAGAUGUCAUUUGCUGAACACAAGAAAUGUGUGUGCAGGCUUCGCCCAGAGGCUCCAAAGCCAGGAAGGAGGAAGAGGCCCAAGGGAAGAGGAAGAGGAAGCAAGAUGAAGCGAGCAAGACACAGACUGAAAGACUGAACUCUAUGUGAGUGAAUAUCGACACCAGCGUGAGAGGAAGGAGUAAUACUCUGAGUCGUGGGUAGAGAAAGAUGGCUUCUUCUAGCAAUGGCUGAUUCCAGGUUGCCAGCAAAGCUUUGUAUGGAUUAUGGGCAGCUGGUGGAUUCCAUUGCACAGAACUGAAAAAAAGAGAACCCUGUUACCUAGCUGAAAACUUUUUUUGCAAAAAAUAUUAAUAAUGCAUCCAUAUGACUUCUGUGCAUAGACAUUACCAUCCUCAUAGCUCUGAAUUAUGGCUUUGGUUUGGUUGUACACCAGCAGUUUCUCAGACCAGAUAAACAUGAUUUAUAUGACUUCUGUCGCUAGAAUAAUUUCUAAAGUGCACUUUUUCUUCAUUUUAAUUUCCAGUAAGUUGGCUAAUACCAUAAAAUACAAUCCUGGAGUGGAAAAGCUAUUAGCUCAGUGGCAGAAGCAAGCUUGAGAUAUACGAGCUCUUGACUGGCACUAAGCAAAUGAUACACAAAAGGAAUGGUCCUCAUCCAGCUAAAGAUAGUCACAUCUAAAUUCCAUUGAAAUCAAUGGGGCUUAAGUCAAUUGUGGCUGUUUUAUCCCGUUUAUUUCAAUAGGAUUUGAGCAUGACUAACUAGCUGGAUUAUGGCCAAUGUUGCAAAGAGGAAUCUUCCAUACCACAUGUUCUUGAACAUCCAAUGUGUUUACAUCCCCAGAGGCUCCUUCAGAUAUCUGGAAGAAGGAAAGUAAUCUCAGUCUUCUGAUAGAAUUCUUUGGGUCUCCAAAUGCUCAACGAUAUUUUGCAUUGUAGAUUUUUUCUAAGUACUGCUGGAAUAGUCCCUUUGAAGCUUGUCUUCCUAACAAGUUUUGCUAGCCUCAGUGUGCAACAAUUUUCAUUUUUAUAUAACAGACCUUAGAAUCAAGAUGCAAACUAUCAGGUAUGUUUACUCACAUAUAAAAAAAACAGAGGCUUUUGACCAGGACUGGAGCGAGGGAAAACUGCAUCUGGGGCAUGCGUGCAUCCUGCGCCCUUGCCAAGGCUCGCAUGCAGUGGUGAGAUUCAAAUAAUUUAACAACUGGUUGUUUACCAGCACCAUUUUAACAACUGAUUCUGCUGAAGUGGUGCGAACCUG